AUGUCUCUGAUCGCAAGACUAUUCCGAGGAGCGUUGUACUUGGCGCUCCUGGGCCUGGUGUCCUACAGCACCAUCCUCACAUCGGAGCCGGAUGUCAAGAGCCCGGAGGUGCGGCUGGAACAAGGCACGGUGAGGGGCAUCGAAGAGGGUGGCAUAGAGUACUUCAGAGGCGUACGCUACGCUCUGGACACUGCCAACGAGGGAAGAUUUAGAAGACCGAGACCCAUCUGGGAAAACCUGAGCUACAAAUUUCCAGUCGAGUCUAUUCAGGUCAAUCGCACUUUGUCUUGGCAAGGCGUUUACGAUGCCUCGUUCUUUGCUCCUAGCUGUCCGCAAUUGUGAGCGCGACGUGUGUGGAUGCAAGGGACUCAUGCACAGCGCAGGCACAAGUGUCACGCACUGACGCACUGUUCGCCUCGACCGCAGUGUCGUGCCCAAAGUCUUUGGCGGAUGGGCACCUCCCUUGCCGGCAGGAAGAUUGCAAGAGGUGGUGUCGGAGGAUUGUCUGCACGUAAACAUUGCCAGGCCGCCGGGCAUAAGCAUUCACAAGCCUCUGCCAGUGUUUGUGUGGAUUUAUGGAGGCGCGUGGUAAGUCAUUCGCGCCUUCGACAAGCGCUGCAGACAUUGCACUCACUUUCGCUCUCAUGCGCCCGCUCACUCAGGAUUAUGGGCGCAGACUUUUUGUACGAUCCAAAGACUUUGAUGCAAGCCUCUUUGAAAAAAGGCGAGCCCAUCAUCGUCGUGACGCUCAACUACCGCGUUGGCGCAUUCGGUCUGCUGGCUGGUCCUGCCGUCAAUGAGCUAGCGGCAGAAGGAGAUGCUGAUCUCAAUACCAUGCUGUGGGAUCAAAGGACCGCUCUGAGAUGGGUCAAGAGGGUGCGCAAGAUCCUUCAAAAUCGCCUCUCAUGCACAAGCAAGCCGCUCACACUUCUUUCGCCGCACAGAACAUUGCGCAAUUCGGCGGUGAUCCUGACCACAUCACGCUCGGCGGCGAAUCCGCAGGGGCAGUGUCGAGCAUGUAUCAGAUGCUGGCAAAUGACGCGGACAGGGAGCACGAGGAUUUGUUUCAUGCCGUGAUACUUCAAAGUGGAGGUGCAUUGUGGGUGGACAAAGUUCGCUUGAGUGCCUUCGUCUCUCGCUGACGAUAUGUUUUUGCUUCGUUAGCCCCGGGAGCGUAUCGGCAACCAACUACAGGCACAGGGACGAGUACAAUCAGCUGCUAGCGACGACGCCCUGCGCUGCCAAAGUCGGCCCUCGCGAGCAGAUCGCCUGCCUGCGUGGUCUCUCCACCGCUUCUAUGAUGGCAGCCAACACCCGCUCUGUUCAGCGCCUACUAGGUAUCCUCAACGAAGCUUCUUGGCAGACCCAAUUCUUCUUCCCUUGGUUCCCCACUCAGGACCCUUACUUUGUACCCGAGUCGGCUUACGAACGUGUGACCAGAGGGAAAUACCUUGACAUUCCCAUCUUGGCGGGCAAUACGGUGAGUUUGGAACUCAUUGCAAGCAAGAGGGCUGCAGAUCGUGGCGUACUUAUUUGCGUUCUUGAUGCUUCACUGCGCGGGGUCCUCAGCUCGACGAAGGAACGUUGUUCACGCCUACGAAUAUUCAGAACUCUUCCAUGCUGUUCGCCUGGAUUCGAAGGGGUGUUCUCUCCACCGAAGGUCUAGACGUCAGUCAUCAAUAUACGGUCAUCGACAAGAUACUGCAGGCGUACCCAGACGAUCCUGUCAAAGGAAGUCCUUCCAGAGCCGAUCUGGUUGGAAAGAAGCCAGAGGAUCGUCUAUUUGCACCAAACGAGACGAAUCAAUACAAGCGCGCAGCCGCCAUUUGUGAGUGGGCCUCGACACAAAAUGCGCUUGCUGGAAGAGGUAGAUCGCUUUCCGAGCUAAAAGGUACGAAAUUUCCCAUGAUCUAUGCAGUGGGCGACCUAGGCUUUGUGGCUCCGACUCGCUAUCUGCUCGAACGGCAUUCUGCAGCUCAUCAAGGGCAUAACAAAACUUUCCCGAUCUGGUCGUAUACGCUAAGCGAGCCUGCUCCCGGCGCGCCAGCACACCUAGGCGUCCCUCACGCCGUCGAUAACGAUUACUGUGAGGCGAAAGAGCGACGCAGACACGCAGGGGCGGCUAUUUGGAAGCGCGGGGACUCACUGCUGACCGUGCAUUUCCCAACCUCGCUUCCGUCGUGUCACAGUGUUCAAGUGCGUGGUGUGAACACGCAGCUCCGCGCGAGGGCGUCGGGAUGUUUGCUGACCUUGACCUCGCUACCGCAGGCCGUCUGCAUCUUAUCUCUUCCUACGACCGCCAACGGGUGAGAAGAUUGUGGUGCCCAAGCACAAUUGCGAGCGCUGCGAUGCUGAUGGUUGGCCCACCCUCUGGUCAGAUUUCCGAGUGCCCGGCAGUAGGUGGGCUAGCGUGGCUGAAGCGCUCGCGAGCUCGUGGGUCAGCUUUGUGAAUCAUCACACGCCAAACGGUCGAGGAGGUGAGUGCAGCGCGCAGCUCACAAGUGUAAUGCUGCCGAGCUACCGCAAGCGGAGAAGCAGGUCCGGCAAGCCGCAUGAUGGGCUGAAGCUUUGUCAUUGUCCGCAUCACGCAGCCAUGUCGUGGCCUUCGUACUCGACCCGGCCGAGCCCAGGGAUUCCGAAGCGUGCGAAUCUCAAUUUCCAGUUCAUGAAUAGCACGGUCGAGACGCUGACCGCGCGCCACGAAGUGAUACUCGACACGUUCAUUCACGACGAAGAAGUCCGACAUGCGCUUGCAUAUUAG